CCCUGGAACUGAUCUUGAGUAUCCACGAUCCUAUAGUAUAUAAUCUAUAGUUUCCUCUGUUUGUUUCAAUCCAGCUUUCUUUGUUGGUCUUUCCCAUAGCAUUGCUUUUUGUGCACAUUCUUCCAUCUCAUUCCAAGCCAUAUAGACCACCAACCACCACAAGUUCAAUUAAAAUUAUCUUUCAUUUCUUGGUUCUUACUUCUCAAAUACUCUAGACUAUUUUCCAUUUAGUAAUUCCAUUUAGUAAUUCUAUUUAGUAAUUCCAUUUAGUAAUGCCAUCACCAGAGCCAUCUUUAUUGCCUCCAAAUGAAAUUGAGGCACUUUCUUCGCUAGAGCUUAAAUCGAGCCAACCUAGUACAAAGGAAAAAACUAAAGAAACAGGCAAAAAUGAGGAUUCUAAUAACAAUGAUCAAAAAACCAAGAACAUCAGUACAACCAAUAUUCGAAGUAUUCCUGACUUAUCUUCUCCUUCUUAUAGCAGUCAUGAUGAAUCUCAAUCUGUCAAUCUUUAUAACAAUGAACCAGAUUUGGUUUCUCAAGAUCUUUAUGCUAUUGUUGAUAUUGGCUCAAAUGGAAUUCGGUUUUCUAUUUCCUCAAUUGCUGAACACCAUGCGAGAAUUAUGCCAUGUUUCUUUAAAGAUCGACUAAACAUUUCGUUGUUUGAUGCUCAAUAUAACAAUGUUUCCUCGAAAUUGACCGAUAAAAUCCCAAUUCCCGAUGAAGUUAUUGAAGAGGUUUGUAAAGCAAUGACUAGGUUUAAAUUGAUUUGUCAAGAUUUCGGUGUCAAUAACAAUAAUGUCAGAGUCGUGGCAACCGAAGCAACGAGAGAAGCAAGUAACUCUGUUUUAUUUAGAGAUGCGAUCUAUCAAGCGACUAAUUGGAAAGUGGAACUAUUGUCAAAAGAAAGAGAGGGCCGAAUUGGAGCAUAUGGUGUUGCCUCAUCUUUUGAUAAAGUGAAUGGAUUGUUCAUGGAUCUUGGAGGGGGAUCUACACAAUUAAGUUGGAUCACAUCAAACAAUGGGAUAAUUAAUACAACGAAAAAGCCAAUUUCAUUACCUUAUGGUGCUGCAGCGUUAAUUAAAAGAAUUAGAACAGAAAACCAACGGGAUUUAUUCUUAGAGAUUAAAGAAAACUACGAAAAGGCUAUUGUUGAGUUAUCGUCUGAUAUUCCGGAUAGUUUGAUUAAAUAUGCUGAAAAAAACGGCGGGUUUGAUUUAUUUGUGUGUGGUGGUGGAUUCAGAGGAUUUGGACACUUGCUAUUAAGUGAAAAUAAGGACUAUCCAAUUCCAACUAUUAUUAAUGGAUACGGUAUUUCGUAUAGUGAAUUUGUCAAUUUAGGAAAUUAUUUGUUGGUUAAACAGACAUUGCCAAAUAAUAAAGAUAAAGAAAAUCUAUUUCGGGUCUCUGAAAGAAGAAAACAGCAAUUGCCGGCAGUUGGGUUAUUAAUUUCUUCGGCAUUUGAUGUAUUACCACGAUUUAACACCAUUUAUUUUUCUCAAGGAGGAGUUAGAGAAGGUGCGUUGUUUGAGAAAUUUUCUCCCAGGGUUCGAUCAUUGGACCCAUUGAUUAUUGCAACAAGACCUUAUGCACCAUUAUUAGUGAAGCAGUAUUUGAAAUUGUUGUUGUCUUCCUUGCCAAAUGAAAAAUAUAUUCCAUAUGAUGUUUACUACCGAAUUGCGCCAAGUUUGUGCAAUUUGGCAUUUGUACAUUGUAAUUAUCCAAAGGAGUUGCAAUCAACGGCUGCAUUACAUGUUGCUACAACGGGCGUUAUUGCUGGUGCUCAUGGAUUGUCUCACAAGGCAAGAGGAUUAACUGGGAUAGCAUGUUGUGAAAGAUGGGGAGGCGAUUUGCCGGAAAUCGAAAACAAUUAUAAAAACUCGUUAAUCAAGUUGUGCAUUGAAGAGAGUUCAAAUAAGGUUGAAAAAUUCAAGACCAUCUUUUGGACAAUCUAUAUUGGCAAGAUAAUGCAUAUAAUUUGCGGGAUUCAUCCGGGAGGAAACAUUAGAGAAACAGCAAUUCGAUUUAAAAUUAAAGUUUUGAACAACAACAAUAUUAGUGCUCCCUCCACAGGUAACACAAGCACCAGUAACAGUGGCAAUAGUAAUAUUGACAUGAUUGUUAAUGACGAUUCGAUGGUUGAUCUCUCUAUGAGCGAGAGAGAGACAGAAAGGGAGAACAGAGUCAAAAACCAGUUGGCGGCAAAACAGUUCAACCAGGAACCUAAGUUUGAGAUAAUUUUCCAAAUUAUCAAAAACGAUAUUCGAAUGGGAUUAAGUGUCAAAAACCGAAUCAAAAAGGAGCAAAAGAGAAUUCGCAAAUUGAGCAAGGUUUACAAUAUCAAGAUAAAGCUCGAUAUUGAGUUGUUGGACAAAUUCGAUUAGGUGCAGACGUUCAAAUGAAACAGACAAGAUAGCCUGCAGACCGGAUAUAUAAACAAAUAAAUACAAAUAAU